AUGCUUUUCAACUCUCAGCUGCAAUUAUAUUUUGCCUUGGUAAAAAGUCUUGGAUUUUCACCUCUGUUCCUGGAUCUCCGAUGGGUUCUUGAUUGUUCAGCCCAGGAUACAAUAACCUCAGAGCAAAAGCCAGUCUCUUUCAACCAAUUUAAUGUUCACCAUUCUUUCAGAGAUCCAGAACAGUCAGAUAGUUACCUUUCAAGUUUGGCCCGUGAUGGUGUCCAGGCUCUGUUAGCCAAAGUUUGGGAUCUACCGACACAUCGCAUUGAUAAUGCUGUCUAUGUUAAAUUACCAAAACCAAGUACCAGAUUACCAAGAGAAAAGCCACUGCCCAAAGGUCCAAUCCUUACAAAAUGGGAACAGUAUGCCAGGGAAAAGGGUUUAACAAGAAGGAAGAAAGAAAAGAAACUUUGGGAUGAAACACUGAAGAGAUGGGUACCUCGGUACGGUUACCGCAAAGUCCAAGCGGAAAAAGAAAAGAAUUGGGUUAUUGAAGUACCUGCGAAUGCAGACCCUUAUGAAGAUCAGUUCGAGAAGAGAUCACAGCUAAAGAAAGAAAGAAUUGCUAAAAAUGAAUUCCAACGUCUUCGUAAUAUAGCACGUCACAAUAAAAUAGAUGUUCCGAAAUUAGGAGUUACAGGAAGUUCAUUUGCUACCCCGAAAGAACUUAAUGUGGCGAUGCACCAUGCUAAACAUGCUACAGCCUCAGCUGGUAAAUUCCAAGAGUCCCUCCCAGGGGAAAAGAGAGCCAAAGGCUUGGGUAGAAAGCGCAAGGUAGAGUAUACAACAGGAGACGGCCAGCAGGAGAAGAAGAGAUGUCUAGAAAUCCUCAGCAAACUUGAUAAACCAGAUCUGAACCUUGAAGGAGCAAUAAGUAAACAAAUCACAGAGGAAAAUGUAGAGAGGUCAAAUAAGAAGAAGGGUGGCAAGAAAUAUGGCAGAAGAUCAAAGAUGGGUGGACGUCACAUGACAAAGUCUGAUCAUAAGGCUGAAAAACAAGGCAAAGGCUUCACCAAAAUUGUGAAGGAAAAGAAAACUAAAGGUAAAAAGGGCAAGAGAAAGGGAGGGAAACAUGACACUGCAUUCAAGAAAUCAAAGGGGGCUGGCUCUCAAGGGAAAGUUAAGAAGGGUGGUCAAAAAGCCAGAGGUGGAAAGAAAUAAAAUAUACAGCUGUCAA